AUGACCGGUGAACAAGCCGAGGAGCUCCCCACUGGACCUCCUCGCACAUUUGCGAGUUUUUUCCAAAAGCCAAUAGACACUCCUUCGUCUAAAGGCACAUUAGUCAAGGAAGUCCGAUUUGUUAAUGGUGUUCCCGUUUUGGAGUAUGAAUCAGAUGAAUAUGAUCAAUUGGUAGCCCCACACCAAUUAAGUCUAAUUGGGAAGUUUUCAUAUGGUCGACCAAAAGUGGAAGAGGUCCACAAAGAAUUCAAGAAACUAGGGUUCCAUGGAGGCUAUACUCUUGACCUUAUGAAUCCUAGGCAUGUCCUCAUUCGCUUUGAAAGGGAAGAGGAUUAUCAAAGAUGCUGGAUUAAAACGUUUUGGAACAUCGCCGGAUUCUCCAUGAGAAUUUUGAAAUGGAGGCCGGGUUUCAAAUUUGAGGAAGAUCCCCCCAUUGUCCCAAUCUGGGUCUCCCUUUUUGAUCUCCCGAUUGAAUUUCUCAAUCCGGAGGUGGGAAAGAAAGGUAAGAAGCAUGAUCAGAUUUUCACCUACAAACACAUUCCGGCUUAUUGUACUAAGUGUAAUAAGAUCGGGCACAAGAAAGAGGAUUGCCGGGCUGGCCUCCAAAAGGCUGCUGACAAGAAGAAAAAGGCUCCAGAAAAGAUUGUUGAUAGAAUCAAAAGGAAGGACCCUUCGCAUGAUGCGACAAACCCUAGCGCGCAAGGUGUGGCUACGUCUGCUUCAGUUGCUGCUACAGAUCGACCAUCAUCGUCUGGACUUUCUGCUAAGGAGAAGAAGAAGAUUCCGGUUGAUGUGCAUGACACCGUAGUAGAAAAUCAGUCCAAAGAGGCUCCCAGUUUAACAGAUUCUCCCCCGCAAUCCAAUGAACUAGGAUCUAACGAAGAAUUUAUUGAAUCAGUUUAUGUGGAAGACUCCCCAAAUAAGGAAGUAGAGGAAAUAUGUCGGGUUGAUGAUCAUGUUGAAUCGCGUGUUUUAGCGUUGAUGUCUUUGACGGAGACUCCUCAUAUCUUUUCUGAUGAUAACGACAUCGGAUUGCAUGGAGCUGGUUUGGAGAAUGAUACGGGAAGCUGGUCUGAGGGUGAGAAAGAUGAGGUCCUGGUGCAUGGGAACGUCCGGGGAGAUUUUACGGUUACAAAGAAACGCGGCCGCAAGUCCAAGGAGGAGCGGGCUAGAUCACAGGUUGAUAAGUUAGAUGAAAUAAAGCAAGAGCUUGCUUUUGACACUGCUUUCUCCUCAAAUAACAGUAAAAUAUGGGUUUUUUGCAAAUCUGAAAUUCAAGCUUCUUUGUUGAGAGAUGAUGAUCAAGUGCUGCAUUUUGAAAUUAAGCAUCCUCUAGUGUCUCAGUCUUAUUUCUUGUCGGUUGUGUAUGCUAAAUCGACAAGGGCUAGGAAACGUGACCUUUGGCAAAGUUUGGAAGGUUUUAAACGUAAUAAUAUGGGUGCUCCAUGGAUGGUAUGUAGGGACUUUAAUGUUAUUCGAAGCUUGGAAGAAUACAGUGGUGUCUCCGUGCAGGACCAUUCGGCCAUAGAGGAUUUCAAUAUGUGUAUUCAGGCUUGCAAUUUGCUAGAGAUUCCAACUGUUGGUGAGGACUUUACUUGGGGUGGAACAAGGCAAACAGGUUGGGUGAGCAAAAAACUAGAUAGAGUCCUUUUCUCGGAUGAAUGGUUGGAUUUCUUUCAAGUUAAUUCCAUUGAGAAUUUGAGUAGAACAUCGUCCGAUCACAGCCCCAUGUUUCAUAUGUUUGGACUGCAAGGAGUUUCCAAGCCAAGAGUUUUUCGGUUUCAGCAAAUGUGGCUGCAAAGAUCGGAGUUUCUUUCAGUAGUCAAGGAGAAUUGGGAGCAGCCUAUAGAUGGUUUUGGAAUGAUAGCUUUCUCUCUUAAAUUGAGAAGGCGAAAAAUCAAGCUCAAAGAGUGGAAUAAAUCGUGUUUUGGUGAUGUCUUUGCCAACUUGAAGGAAGCAGAAGCAAAGGUGCAACACUUAGAAAAUCUUCACGAUCUAUCCGGCUUGGAGGGUGACAAUGAACUUGCAUAA